AUGAUGACCCCUACCGCGAACGCCAACGCCCAUGUGCAGGCCAACGCGAAUUCGCAGCCGUCGCAGAUGGUGGAGCCGGCCGACACCCCAUCAAGCCGGCGACGUCGUGCGACUACGCUCAACGCAGAUGACGAGGCCGAGGCCGGGGACGAAGAUGAAGACGAAGACGACUCAGACGACGAGGACGAUGACGAAGAGGACGAAGACGAAGACGAUGAUGACGACGCCCCCGUGUUCAUGUCCAUGCCACCGCGGCAAGCCAACGCCAACGCAAAUGCCAACCAGCAGGUGCGAGGUAUGGCCUCAGUCGUGUACGGGGGCUACGCCUCGCGCUACAGCCGCGGUCCUCGUCAUGACCUCACUGGAGCCCCAGCUGGUGCGGGCAUCAAUUGGAUGUUCUACUCUGGCAAGUCGCCCUCCCUCCCGGACCGUGUCUACAUUCACCAGUUCCACGACUACUGGUGGGCUGACUACCGCCGCCUGGAAUACGAGCACUCGUUCAUCCAGUGGCUGUUCCCCGUCUUCGAGUCCUCCGGCUCGGAAGCCAAGCUUAUGCGGGAGGACUUUGACAUCGCCACACGCGUCAUUCGAUCGUACAGGCUGAUGCUCAACUUCUACGGCCUGCGCCUGGUGUCGGAGGUGACGGGCGAGGUGGCCAGGUGGCCCGGCAUCUGGCGCGACCGCUACGACAACCUCAACUGGAGCGGCCACAACAACCUCCGCAUCACGCGCAUCCUGACGAGCCUGGGCGAGUUGGGAUUCCAGCGCUACAAGAAGCCGCUGCUGGACUUCCUCACGAAGGAGAUCACCCAAAACCGGCAGCUCCCCAACUGCCGCUCCUCGCUCAUGGGCUUCUGGUCCAAGACGCUCGACUACUCCUCACCCUCGUACAAGGCCAAGACGAAGGAGGACCCCGACGACCGGGAGGACAGCGUGUUCUUCCGCCACAUGGCGGAGAAUUCGGCCGAAUACCAGAAGUGGGUGGCCGAGGAGGCCCAGGAGCUGGCCCGGCGCGAGCAGGGCCUCGACGAGGCGCAGCGGCGCGACGACGACGAGGAGCUGCGGCGGAAGGAGAGGGGCGAGCCCGAGCCCGAGUCCGUGUCGCCCUGGUCGACCUCGCUGAGGUACGGCGGCACGGGGUCGCGCUGGGCCGGCAGGUGGCAGCACGAAGAUGAAGACGACGAAGAGGACGAGGUCAGCAGCACCAGCAGCGACGGCGAAAACGCCGAGCGGGUGGUGAGCGAAGAUGGUGGUGACGAUGGCAGUGAUGAUGACGAUGCCGGAAGUGAAGACAUCAAGGGCGAUGACGACGGCGCGGAGGAGGAGGAGGAGGAGGAAGGCAAGGGCAAGGGCAAGCUCUGA